AUGGAGUCUCUGAGAGCUGUGUUCUUAAGUGGUUAUAGUUUUAUCAUGUGGAUUGACAGCAGAAACAAACAAAAAAGGUGGUGGAUUUACGGUCCUGUGACUACUCGGCACCUUACAACUUCGGUGAUUCUAAUUCAGAUACAGGAGGAAUGGCAGCAGCAUUUUUUUCCAAUGAUAGCACCUUGUGGUGAGACGUACUUCCAUAGAUUUGCUGGUCGGGGAUCUGAUGGCUGCUUGAUUAUAGACGUCAUUGUUGACAUUUCUGAGACCUCAAACCUGAUCACUACCCAUCUUAUCUUUGAACCAGUUUCCGGCAUGGAGCAAACUUUGCAACUGGAGGGCCACCAUUUGCCGGCAGAACGAAUCUUGGUUUCUGACAGGUGUAAGCCCGUUUCCUCCGGAUAUUCAAGUCGAACACUAAAGCACGAACAGCUUACUUCUACGAUCAAGAUACUUAAUGACAGCUAUAUCUGGCAGGACUUGUAUUCAAAAGAAGCAAGAGUAUUCUGGAUGCACAAUACAGGUCCCAUUGGUUGCUUGCCAGUGGCCACUAUCAAAGUCCAAAAUCCAGAGCUCGGAUAUCUUGAUGACCAUGGCUGUGUAAAGAGUCAGAAUCAUAUGGCUGUGAGGUUUAAUAAAAAGCUCAAGCAUUCAAUUAUCCAACUCAGGGCAGAGCUUUCAGAAUUUACAAUAACCUAUGUAGAUAUGUACAGGGCAAAGUACGACUUAAUCAGGAAUGCAAAAGAACAAGGUACUUUAUUAUCAAACCAGGGUCAAUUUGAAAUUAAAAUUUAUACAUUAAUUCAAGAACCACUUAAUGUCCUAAUUACACCACUAAAUUUUCCAUUUACAGGAUUUGAGAACCCUUUCAAAAUCUGCUGUGGACUUCAUGGAAUCGAUUUUGAUGUCUUGUGCAGUAAGAAAGCAACUAUAAAUGGUAGUGAAGUAUAUGCAGGUUCUUGUGCAAAACCUUCUGCAAUAAUCAGCUGGGAUGGAGUACACUAUUCUCAGGCUACAAAUAAUUUGAUUGCUAGUCGCAUAGUCAAUGGAUCACUUUCAGACCCACCAAUGCCAAUCACACAAGCAUGUCGAAGGAAAAUUUGAACAAUUCUGUGCAUUCAAUAAUUAAACUAUUGCUUCUAAAACUCCCAAGCUUUUUUUUUUUUUAAGUGGGAGGACUCGAAUCCAAGACCUCUUACUUACACUCUCUUCCCUCGAACCACCCAACCC